AUGAAUUUUCACAUUGGACCUUUAAAGCCAGAGACCCGGAAGAGUGAGGAUUUAGAGCGUGUAGCUGAGGAAGAGCUGUGCCUGCAGAUCCAGGCCUGCUCCAGGAAAGUCAGCGUCAGUGAAGAUGUGUUAGCCCGCAGACAUAUGAAGGUGGCCUUCUCUGGCAGGACGAGUAAUGGAAGGAGUACAGUCAUUAAUGCCACCCCGCGAGUUCUGCCCAGUGGAAGCGGAGACACCACCAACUGUUUCCUACAUGUGGAGGGCAGAGACGGCCUUAACACUGACAACUCUGACAACAGGAAGAGCAUCGAAACAGUCAAUCAGUUGGCCCACGCUCUUCACGUGGACAGGGAUCUUGACUUUGGCUGUUGUCACAGUUUUUGGCCCAAAACUAAGUGUGCCCUGUUUUCUGAUGAUCUGGUCCUAAUAGACAGCCCGGGGACCAAUGUCGCAUCAGAGCUGGACAGCUGGAUUGAGAAGUUCUGUUUAGAUGCUGAUGUCUUUGUGCUCGUGGCCAACUCUGAAUCUACCAUCAUGAACACUUUGAGCAGACAAAUCAAACAUUUAAGUCACAAAGUGAAUGAGCGCAUUUCAAAGCACAACAUCUUAUUCCUGAACAAUAGCUUUGACACAUCUGUCCUGGAGUCAGAAUAUCUGGAAGAUGUGCGGUAGCAGCACAUGGAUCGCUGCAUCAGUUUCUUGGUGGAGGAGCGGAAGGUAGUGGAUCUCAGCAAAGCACCUGAUCGCAUCUUCUUUAUCUCUGCCAAGGAGGUGCUGAGUGCCAGGAUGCACUGGGCCCAGGAGAUGCCAGAGACUGGCGGCACUUUGGCUGAAGGAUUCCAGGAGCGACUGACAGAGUUCCAGAGUUUUGAGAGAACAUUUGAGGAAUUUAUCUCCUGGUCUCCAGUGAAGACAAAGUUUGAGCAGCACACAUUCAGAGCUUGGCAGAUCAAGGAGUCUGUCAAAGCCAUCAUGGAUGCCAUCAAUAUUUCUUCAGCAGAGAAGAAACUUUUCUCCCUGGAAGAACGUGAGGCUUUCAUGGACCGGUUGGAAUUUGUAAGAAAUCAGCUGAAUUUCCUAACCAAGAACGUAAAAGACAAAAUAAAGGCUGUCACGGACGAAGUGGCCGCCAAUGUAGCCAAUGCGCUGGCUGAAGAGAUUCAUGGCCUGUCUGUACUAGUGGAUGAAUUCUGCAUUGAUUUUAUUCCUGCCCCUAAUGCUUAAGCCCUGUACAACACUAAACUUCUGGCGCAUGUAAAAGAGAGAAUGGUGAAAAAUGUGGACCUCCGUUGUUCUAGUUUUAAUAAUGGUUGUGUUCGGAGAUCUCAGAGGAAUAUUAUGGAUUUCGAGGAAGACAUCGAGUUUCAGUUCUCACUGGGCUUGGCAUCUUUGAUGAACCGUUUCCUGGGCCCUGCAAAAGCGAGACAAGCAUUGAGCCUGUUGGAUCAAAAUGUCAAAGCCACAUCCUCUUCUGCUCCCAUGGGAACCCAGGCCCGUGUGGAGCUGGCCAUCUCCAUGGCAACAGGGCUGGUCUCUCUCCCUUCAAGAGCAUCAAUGAGCAUGUUGGUUGUAGCUGGAGAGGUGUGGAGGUCUGUGGGAUGGAGGGUUGUUGUUCUUUCUGUGAGUCUCUACAGUUUGCUCUACCUGUAUGAAAGACUCACUUGGACAAACAGCUCUAAAGAGAGAGCCCUCAAACAGCAGUCUGUGGAUUAUGCAACUCAAAGAGUACAGGCCAUCCAUCAUAUUAUCAGCAGUAAUUGUGGACGGCAGGUUAAGAUGGUGGCCGUCUUCGCCCGCAUGUGUCAACAGGUUGACAAAAGCGAGAUUGAGCUUGAAUCGGAGAUCUGCAGACUCGCUGCCAGUAUCCAGCAUCUGGAGAGUGUCCAGAGACACUCCAAAAUGCUCUGGCACAAAGCCACUGAUCUGGAAUCCCAACUGUAGUCCUUCUCCGCUCAGUAUCUACAAAUUAACAUUAACUACCCAGAGCAGAGAUGCUGGUGA